GUUGAGCCGCGACUACCAAGCGGUGAACAUAUAUUUUAUAAUUUCUUUUCGAUUUUGACGGGAAUUAAAAAACGCGGGGGGAAAGGAGGGAUUUGAUAGCAUCGUUGCAUCGUGUACGACAUGAAUUUUAAUUGGGACGUGCAGGGUUCUGGUGUUAAAAGUAGCUACGCGAGGCACGUCUUGCCGAAAUUUCGCUUGUAAACAGAAGGUGAAGGAGGACACGCGAUUCGUUGCUGCGUGUCCACGCACGCGUACACGUUCUUCAUGAUAUAUCGUAUCGAAAUGUGCAUCGUAGCAAUUGUGGCUUCGCGUGACCUGUGAAUAUUCCAUUCGUAAAACGCAAUACGGUCUCCACGGAAAAUCGCUCGAAUUUUCAAUGUAUCUGCAUAUCUGUCGACCAAAUUCUCGGAAUCGUUCAAUCGCUAGUUUCAAAACAAAGCUUUGAGUAAAUUUAUAGCUGUGGAAAUAUAAACAAAUACCGGUUGUGUCCAUAAUUCUACGUACAAAAUUGUACGUAGUAAAACAAAAACGUUAGAAACAUAAUAACAUACCGUGUCUCCAACGUAUCUUUGGACGUAUAUUGUUGUCGAAAAAGAUAAGAGUGAAUCGAUUUCCAACUGUAUAUCGAUCGAUACUUUUCGAGAGUUACUCUGUCUCGACGUUAACCUCGCACGAAAGAGAUAUCUCGCGAGAAAAAGAGAAUCAGAAAAAUCGAAUCUCGAUUCUAGCAGAUUUUUCAGUGGCAGAUGGCUCGAUGGAAUUGUAUGAACCGCGUCUUGAUCUUUACCUCGCGUUUUGCAGCAUGUUGCGAGCCCUGAAGGCUCUGUCUAAGUAACAGUACUUCCUCGCGCUCGAUGGAGUAAGCCUCUCUCCGAAGAACGGGACCCACACUCCACGAGUCCGCUCUCUACACGCUCCUCGCCUCUCGCUUCCUCCCGCCUUUUCGUCGAACACACUCUUUCUGUGUAUUUCCCUCUCCCUCUGUCGUGUCCGAAGUAGUCUGGCCGGUCGAGCACGGGGAGUCUCGUGAAACCAGUCCUCGUACGGUGGACCUCUCGGUUGGGACCUGGGCAGAGAGAGGAGAUCGCUUGCUUCUCCUCUACCGGCACCUUCUUGCACCUGCCGUGUGAUUCCAAGUUUUUUGGCUUUCUAAACCGAUGUCUUCUGUGUCAACCUGUUCAAAAUAGCUGCAAGAUUUCCCGUGCAUGUUUUGGUACAGUGAGCUUCUAAUUGUUUUCCCGCGAAACUGAAACGCCCUCCGUGUUUAUUGCAUAAACUAAUCCUACUAGGAGAACGCAUCGGUCAUUUGUUAAGUGGCACGCUUUUGUAUUCGAAUAUAUUCGAAGAUUUCAAAUACAGUAUUUUGGUGUUUACAGAGUACUUGGGUUUGAGUGCCUAUGUUGCGAAUGCGACUCGUGAUUCAUUCAAGGAAAAGAGUUUAAAAAAUCUUAGUGCAUAAAGUUAAAAGAAACGUUUGUAAUAAGAUAUAUUUUUCAUCCUCUUUAUGUAAACGUGAUGUUUACGUUAAAAUAUAUGGCCUUUAUAUCGCUUGAUAUCAAUUUUUGGAGGAUACCAAAGAUAGUUCUACGAGAGAAAAAAUCAAUUGUCAAUAAUUGUUAAAAUCGGCGACACGUGCGAGCGAAUAGACUCGUGUGAAACGACAAUCAUCAUGCCAAUCGUUGUUGGAGCAUAUGAGAGAUCAAAAUGUAUUCUGAAAAAGUAAAAUGAACGAAAGAAUUGAUUAUUUCAAGGAUUUCGAAGAAUUUAUCGUGGAUAUCAAGAUUAUCAAAGUUGCAGGAUUAUCAGCUAUCGAUAAUCGAUUGUACGAUUUCGAUAAUUUGGAAUCGAAAGCCAGUAUCGCAUUGUCGAUUAGUGGAAGACAUUGAAUCGCCAUUGUUGAAUUUUAAGAGAUCGUUUAAAGUGGCCAAAUUUGUGUUCUUAUUACGUUUCCUACUCAUUACAGUCACGAUUACGUUACUAACCAGUGAAUUUAAUCGCGAUUAUUUCGUAUAUAACUUGAUUCAUGUGAAAAAUAACGCGAUGGAGUGGUUAAUCGGGUCGAGAUCAUAAAAAUUGAAAGCAAACACAAAGCAAGUAGUUGAAACCAGUGUUCUUUUUUUUUCCACGUGUGCGUGUUUGAGUUUGUGUAUUUUAUUUCGUUUUUAUUUCAUCUUAGUCGUUAUUUCCGUGUGCUUGAACUUCGAAACGAAUCGAUGGAUCAACGCUAAGGGUCUCUUUAAAGAAUUCGCAAAGAAAUAGCCAGAAAUGAAGACUACACAACGCACGUUAAGUUUUGACGAGACGUCGAUGGAUAGCUGUCCCCUGGCGGCAAUCACCGAGACACCGAGGGGCAACGAUUUGUCAAAGGAUGGGAACGAGGUGGAGGUGACGUCGUUAGAGGAGGCGAAAUCCGUGAUAGCGGCACUCCGAGCGAGGCAGAGGGCACAGGCGCAUCAGAUGCUCGCCUGGCGAAGGACGUUGAAAUUGCAGGAGGAUCUGGUGGCUCGAUUGACAAGGGAGAAGGCAGAACAGCUACGGACAUUGUCCUCGCAGUUACUGCUCUUCGAGUCGAGGCUUUGUCGGAAGCAGAAGGAGAUCGAGGCUAGUCUGGCGCAAAGGGAGUCCAUUAUUCUCAGACAACAGAGGGUGAUUCGUCAACUGCAGAGCAGAUUGGCGGAAAGAAGCACCGGUACAAGGGAUUCGCCACCUUGCGACGCCCUCGAUAGAUUGGAUAGCCUUGGAGAUAGUGACAGCGCCGUCGUUCUCGAGGAGGCGGCGGACGACCUAGCACCGCCAAGGUUCCGCUCAAACAUCACCGACGUUACGGUGAUUCGAUCGGUGUCGGACGCCGUCGAGCCAUCGAGCAAAUACUCGUCGAUGCGACGAUGCAACGGGUUCCUCAGGAGACCGGAAAUUUUGGAGACCGUUUACUCGGUCGAGGAGGACGGCGACAGCGAGAACAAUCAGGAGCCGUCCGAGUCGACCGAGAAUUCCGAGUGCGAGGAGAGACGGGCAAAAAAUUUGGGAAACGGGAAGGGCAGACUUCAGGAUUUGUAUGGCAGUUUUGAGAGACUUGCUCAAGAGGCGGAUUCUCCGCCGAGCGAAAGGCCGAGGGACGAAAGUCAGCAGGCGCAGGUCACGUACAACAGGGUAAUGAGCAAUCACAGAUCAGUCACAAAGCCAAAAGACGUAAAGUACAAGAGGAUAAACAAGGCGAAAUCGAAAAGCUUGGAAGAACUGAGGGGACGGUUGAGAAAUUGGGUGGAAAAAGGGAACAAAAUCGCUAUAUCGCUGGAUCAAUCUUACGCCUGAAUCUUUUAACGCCCUCUGAAAGUAUAUUUUAAAAAAUUUUUUGAAAACGGCGAUCCAAUUGGUCGAUUACGUUCUUCAUUGUCAUUCGUGCGCGAACAACCAAUCAAUCGCCGUUCUAUAUUUACAUUGAAAUUCUCAUCGCUCCAUGUGAUAUUUACCGUAGUGUCUCGAAAAUUAAAUUAGAAAUCUUAACGCUGUUGCGUGUCGACAAUUUUAACACUUGUGAUAUAUAUAUAAAUGAUUUUAUGGUAAUGAAACACAAAGUUAUCUAGUUGAUAAUUAUCAUCGCGAUUAUGAGACGAUAAGAAGAUUCGCAGAAUGGAGAAGGAAAUGGGACAAGAUAAUCGAGAAUAUUUGCUACUCGUACGUAAAUUUGAGAAGAAUCUUGCCGAGAUUGCUCUCUCUUUCUCUCUCUAUCUCUCUCUUUUCUUCGUGUCUUCCCUUUCGCAUAAAUUUUAAAUUAUAUUUCCACGAACUCGCGUUGCCAAAUUGUAUGGCGUACAAUCUUUAUACGGUUGUAUCUCGGUAAUUCGAAUUUCAACAUGGAGGUAAAAUCUUUCAAUUGUAAAGAUUUUAUUUUAUCCAAGUAUUUUCGAGUUAAAAAAAAGACGAGCAAAGAUUGGACAAAAAACAAAAGUAGUAUGGAAUGGUCGAUUAUUGAAAAGUUGUGACACGUAAUCACGAGUUGUAGAAAGUAAUAAUAAUAAAAGUUUCGCUUUCAGAAAUAAAUUUUUACUUGCAGGGGCUGCACUUCUCCGAAUUCGAGUUACAAAGAUAAAACAAUUCAACUCGUAUGAAAUUUAUAUUUCUACUUACAAAAAAGUUUUCACAAAGAAGAGAAUGAAAUUAUAGUCUUAUGAAUGUUUUUUGAGUCGCAGAGAUUCGAGUUAUCAAGGUUCGAUUGUACGAUAAAAUACGAGAUAUCUUCCACAACACUGUAAUUUACGAAUUAUUCUUCCGACGAGAAACGUCGAUAAAUGUGCACCCGUAUAACCGAGUGAACUUUCUCAUUGUACUAUUUUUUCUUCCCGAUAAGAGGUCGCGACACGCAUUCGCCAAUCCACGUCGAUGAUAUAGAUUUCUAUCUUUAAAUGGAUCCCUUUCGUCAAUUACGGACAUUGUGCUGUCGAUUAUCGAUUGAUGCAAUGUUUAAUCGAAUUCGAGAAAAUGUCGGACGUUCUUUCAAAGGGAAGACCAUAAGUGUGCGUGCGUAUUAUCGAAUUUGGCCUCAGCUCAAUUUUUUACGCGUUCUAUAAAAAUUGAUUAAGUAUCAUUCUUCGUACUAUCGCUCUUUUAUAAUACAAUAUUUGCUUAUUUUGUUAUUAUUCUCCAUUUGUAUACAUACACACGUUGCUUAUACGCAGAAACGAUAAACAGAAAAUAUGCUUUCGAUGCAUCAAAUGCAAAACUUAUACGAUAUUCUCGAACAUCUUACGACAGACGAUAUUUGUUAUAAUGUUCAACGAACAUUCUAUCACUUUAUUCAGUAUCGAUGAAUGUGCCACUCUAACCUACUUUUUCUAUUAAGGUAAUUUUGUUGUUGCGCGAAUUCGCUCGCUGAUUCUAUCACCAGGUUAAUUAGAAUAAUCGAUAUUUUAUAUCAUUGAAGACAGAGAUAUUGUAAUUCGAGUUAGAAAAUUGUUACUGAAAAGUAUUGAAUGCGUGACAGAAUCAUGGUACUCAAAGUAUAUCGAUCAGUAUUUUUAACUCGAUGACUAUAUUAUUCUAUUAUUGCAAUUGUUUUGAUUAGCCUGGUGCAUGGAUUUCUUUAGAUAAUCUUAAAGAUUAUCUAAUCUAAUCAACUGAAGAUAAUCAAUAUCUAUAUAAAUAUGUAUACGUGAUGCAUUUGCGAAGGUCUAAUGCAGCACGGAUUAUUUUUCGAGAUUUACGAAUAAUCUUUUCAACUAUUAGAAAUAUAUUCGUAAAACGAGUUAUUCCGUAGCAUAAUAUUUUUCGAUCGUUCUUUAUACCGUGAACCAGCGACAAACUCGACACUUUAUUUAUUUAUCGAUCAUGUAUGCGGCGAUCGUCUAACCUUUCUAUAUCUUAUUCUAUCGAAGUGAAAGAAACUAUUCUUGCGGGUACCUGUGUAAUAUUAAAAAAAAAAAAAAAAAAAAAAAAAAAAAAAAAAAAGAAAAAAAAAAGAAAAAAAAGAGAGAGAAAAAAUACAUAAAAAACGUUUUCUAUUUUCGCGUUCCGUUCGAGACCAAUUUAUAUAUAUUAUAUCUGACGUUCUCGAAUGGAAGGAAUAAAGAAUAUAAGAAAACUAUCGACAAUCCCCAAUUUUGAGAAAAAAAAAAAAAGAAAAUAUAUUCUAUUAGAAAAGAAUAUACAGAGACAUUUCUUUUGUAAAUAAAAUGAGAUGAAAUAUAUAUAUAUAUAUUAUAUUAUCAUAUGUAAUAUCUUAACGUUAAGUCAAGGCUCUUCGAAAUUCUGCAAGAUUUAUUAUGUAGAUAGCCAUGUUAACAAGAAUAAUAAAUUUUAACGAUAGAGAAUCAAGUUUUAUGUUCCUGCAGGCUGCAUAACAGCUACCGCGAGAUCUCGUGCAUAAUAUAUUUGCGCGCUUAUAAAUAUAUAUACCAUAUAAAUAUAUAAAUAUAUAAAAAUAUAUACUUAAGUCUAUUACUAAUAAAGAAAUCGGAAUGAGAAAUCGGAAUGAUGUUAACAGAUCGACGUUCAUAUUGGUUUACAAAUGUUCCGAUAUACACAUAAACAAUUAUGGAUACAAAACUGAUACAAAUGUUACAAAUGGUAUAUAAA